UCUCUCGGGACCUACGGCCCCAAAACUCUCCGGACACGAUUGUAAGGGAAAAGAAAAAUACCAACAGCGAAAGUAAAUCUACCAAAAAAAGAAAAAGAAAAAGAGAAGACCCAAAACGAGGAGCGAGGAGAGAAGGGAAGGUAAAAGGCCUCAGAUCUCUCUCUCUCACCCCCCGCCCCCCUCCCAUCUCUCUCCCUCUCGUUGCUCUUGGGAGACUCCCCACAGGUACCCUCUGUCUGCUGGUCCAUUUGCUGAUAGAUAGCAGCUGAUCUUUUAGGGGAUUGCACUUCAACAGUACCACUACAGCGAAUUUUCAGUGAAGAUGAAAAAAGCCUUUGAUCAAACUGUUAGAGACCUCAAGAGAGAAGUCAACAAAAAGGUCUUGAAGGUCCCUGUAAUCGAACAGAAAAUUCUUGAUGCAACCAGCAAUGAACCUUGGGGUCCUCAUGGAUCGCAUUUGGCAGAUAUAGCACAGGCUACCAGGAACUUCCAUGAGUAUCAGAUGAUCAUGUCUGUUCUCUGGAAGAGGGUGAAUGACAUAGGGAAGAAUUGGAGGCACGUCUACAAGGCAUUAACUGUUCUUGAAUAUCUGGUGGCACAUGGAUCUGAACGAGUUAUUGAUGAGAUUAAAGAGCAUGCCUACCAAAUAUCGACUUUGUCUGAUUUUCAAUAUAUUGAUUCAAGUGGAAGAGACCAGGGAAGCAAUGUAAGAAAAAAAUCACAGAGUCUUGUUACACUUGUAAAUGACAAAGAAAGAAUACAAGAAGUUAGACAGAAGGCUUACGCUAACCGGGACAAAUUCCGCACUGGUGGAAUGCACAAAUCAAGUUCUUAUUCAGGUGCUGUAGGGGGUUAUGGUGACCGCUAUGAUGAUGAUAGAUAUGAAGGCCAAUAUGGGAGUAGAGAUGAUGACCGAGGUGGAUACGGGAAGGACAAAGAUUGGAAUUACAGGGAUGAAGACCGUUAUAGAAGAGGUGCUGAUUCUUAUUCUCGGGAUGGAGAUCCUUAUGGCCGCACUGAUGAACGCUACAACCGAGAUGGCUACAGAGAUUAUGAUUAUAGAAGUAGGGGCAAUGAUGAUAAUCAGUUUGGCCCAAGAAAUCAGAGUUUUGAUGGUGAAAGGAACCGUCCUGGUGAUGAGGAUGAUCGGUAUUCUUCUAGAAGUGGAGGAGGAAGGGGCGAUGAGUAUUAUCAAGAUGAAAGGCGACUGGAGCGUAAGCUUUCUUCACAGCAUAGUGCACCACCGGCAUAUGAGGAAGCUGUUGCUGAAGCUGAAAGACACAACAAUGAAGAGAGUGAUGGAGGAAGUGUAGGGGGCUCUGUGCACAAAGCGUCCACUCAGCUUGGAAGUACGGAUCAAAGUCAGGGCACUGCUGCUGCUCCUAUAACUACUACUCCUGUGAGCAAGGAAGUCAGUGACUUUGAUGAGUUUGAUCCUCGGGGCUCUGUAGCAGGACCUACUUCCACUGCUGGUGCAGAUAAUGAUCUUCUUGGUUCACUUAUGGGUCCAUCAUCCCCAUCUGCAUUGGCGAUUACACCAGUCCUUGCCUUAGCUACAACUUCUGGUGCUGAUGCAUUUGCAGAUCCUGGUUUUGGGACAACUUUUGUGGCUAUGCCACCUACAAACUCUACGCUGGGCCAGCCUAGUGAGGAUCUGUUUGGCAAUUCUCCUUUCAAGGCGAUGCCUACUCAAGAACCAGCCACCUCUCAAUCACAGAAUUCUGCAGCUACAACAACUUUCUCUGCUUCCAUUACAAAUGAAGGAUUAGACACUCUCCAACCUUCUGUAUCCAUGGUGGAGAACAUCUCUGAUUUUGGUUUUGGCGAGUCAUUUCAGGCCUUAACUUACACUCCAACUGCUGCACCACCUCAAGAAAACCUAGCAAUUCCACCCGCCCAGCUGCCAACCCAACCCCCUCCACAGCAAUAUCUGCAGCCACCACAGGCCCAACAGAUGCAGCAGCAAUAUAUUCCAGAACAGCCACCACAGCUGCAACAACUGCCACCACAAUAUGUGCAGAUGCAGCCAACAAUACAGCUACCAUCACAGCCACCUAUGCAGUCAUCUCCACAGCUACCAUCUCAACCACAAACACAGCAACCUCAGUCGUACCUACAGUCCCAGGUGCCAACACAGGCCCAGCCCCAGCCAUAUAUGCAGCCACAACCAGAGUCACAUAUGCAGAUUCAGCCACAUCAAAGUGGUGAUGUCCUGGGAAAUCUUCUUCCACAGUCAGCACCAACGGUCACACCAUCUGCACAAACAGCUGGUCUAGCUGAUAUGACUUUGAAGCCUCAGACUCAGAAGGAUAAAUUUGAGCCCAAGUCAGCAGUUUGGGCUGAUACAUUGAGUCGUGGACUAGUCAAUCUUAAUAUCUCUGGACCAAAAAUCAAUCCCUUGGCAGAUAUUGGUAUCGACUUCGACUCCAUUAACCGGAUAGAUAAAAGGAAAGAGAAAGAGAAAGCUGCUGCUGCUGCAGCUGCAUCUUCUUCUGGGGCUAUGGGUAAAGCUAUGGGAGCUGGUUCAGGAAUUGGUCGUGCUGGUGCAACAGGUUUGGCUCCUCCUCCGAACCCCAUGAUGGGUUCCGGGAUGGGCAUGGGUGGAGGAAUGGGGAUGGGGAUGGGGAUGGGAAACGGUGGUGGAAUGGGCAUGGGUGGUUAUGGUGCUGGAAUGAAUCAAUCCAUGGGUAUGGGCAUGGGCAUGGGAAUGGGGAUGGGAAUAGGCAUGGCCCCAGUACCACAGCCUCGACCAGGUUCAGGCCUGCCACCCACUGGUCCAGGCAUGGCUGGUUACAACCCGAUGAUGGGCAUGGGAGGUUAUGCCCCUCAGAAUCCAUAUGGUGGAUACAGGUAAAGUUCUUUUGUUUUGAAAGCGGGAGAACAAGCAAAGAUUGGAAGGAAAGAGCUCAAUGCAGCUGCUAGUUUUGGCACAGAGAAAAAUGUUGUGUUGGUGAUUGUGCACGAGCUGCUGGUCUGAUUGCUGGUGGUAUGUGUAAUUUUUUGAACUGGCUCUUGUAUAAUCUGCUGCUUCACCAUCUUUUUCGGUUUUUCGAUCAACCAUUCUCUUACGUGCUUGGCAUAUUGGCAGUAUGACAUCAUCUUCUGCAUCCCCCCCCCCCCUUUUCUCUUACUGUAUUUGUCUUCCUUAUCCUUUGUUCUUUUACUAGGAAGAAGGUGCUUAUUAGAUGGUUGGGAACCUUUGAAUGUAUUAUGAGUUUUGGUUGUCUAUGAUAUAUACGUUCCUGAUGAAGAAAUAAAAGUUCAUUUAUCCUUGAUUCA